AAAAACCUUAUGGCAUCCUGGGCUAAGAAGAAGCUUCUUAAAGCCAAAUUCAGAAUCUACAAUAGACUACCCCUUCCUCCUCCAGCCACUUCCCCAGCAAUCUCUCCGCCGGUGGAAGAAGUUGUUUUAGCAGCUCAUUUAGGAUGUGCCAAAUGCCAAAAGAAGGUGGCUGACGCAAUUUCAAGAAUUGGUGAAAUGGAAUCUAUAAUAGUUCAUGUAUUGGAAAAGAAAGUGAUACUUACUCCUACAUCCAUGGCUAAAGGUUCCUUUAUUGUUGGGAAAGCCUCCGACCCACUGCUGCUUUAUUCACAUUCCAUUUAUAAAUAACAAACUUACUUCUUCAUCUUGUUUGUAUGUGUUAUUUUUGGGUUUAAUUCUCAGUUGAUUCUAUACUUUAUGAGCUUAAUUUUACCGCAGCUAACUAUAUAAAUAUAUUAUAGUAAAUUACCAUUAAA